AUGAAAUCAUUCGUUUCUCUUGUCGCUGGGUCCAUUGCCUUCGUUUCUUUUCUGAGCAGCACACACGCUGCAUCUAACCACACUGAUGGGCCUUCUUGUAGUGCCCCAAAGCCAGAUGACAGUUACUUCAGCGUUGUCGGGGUGCAGGGGACUGGAGUGCAUCCACGGUUGGAACUCCGGGAGCUUCAGCAAGAUGCUGAGCUUUGGAAUAUGUUUAUACUUGCGUUUGCUCGGUUCCAGGCUAUGGACCAGACUCAGAAGACUUCGUACUAUGAAAUCGCUGGGAUACACGGAGUACCUUUUGGACAGUGGGACAACGUCAAAGGUAUUCCUGGCCAAGAGAAGAUGGGGUACUGCCCCCAUUCAUCUAGCAUCUUUGGCACAUGGCACCGUCCGUACCUCGCGCUGUUUGAGCAGAUUCUUCACGACCGCGCAGUCGACGUUGCCAAAGAAUAUCCUAUUGGCCAGGCUCGUAACAAAGCUUUGAAAAUCGCGGCUCGAGUACGCCUUCCAUUCUGGGACUGGGCGAGGAAGCCGUUGAAAUCAGAUGAAGGUGUGAUACCGGCGACUUUGCGGGUUCCACGUCUUUCAGUCAUACAUCCUGAUGGGACUGUGGGAGAAAUCCCGAAUCCCCUCUUCCGAUACGAUUUCAAUCCGGUGCCCCAAAAUAUCUUUGCUGAACUGGUCGAGUAUGAAUUCAAGGACUGGAACCAUACUAUCCGCUACCCACUCAACCCUUACUUCGCCAAUGCUACUAGUCGUGACGAUGAUGUCAACGUGGUAAUAGGCAAGCAGCAGGAUAGUAUUCGUGAUACCAUCUAUAAACUACUCACGACUUACCAACCGUAUAACCAAGUGAGCAACAGGGCCAAUGGUGGUAGUAUUGGCAACUUUGAAAGCGUCCAUGACGGUGUACACAAUGUCUUUGGACUGGGACAUAUGGGAAUUACAGAAGUAUCUGCAUUUGAUCCUGUCUUCUGGUUCCAUCACUGCAACGUUGAUCGACUUCUGGCGCUGUUCCAGGCUCGCUACCCUGAUACCUUUGUCGAAGAUUCCAAACAAGAUCGAGGAACUUUUGCUAUUGCCAGAGGUAGUGUUAUAGGGGCAGCCUCCCCUCUGCCACCAUUCCACAUGAAUGCUCUAGGCGAUAUGUGGACGUCUACCACGUCACGCGACUGGACUGCCUUUGGCUACACCUACCCCGAGCUUGUUGGUAACCCAAGCAAUAAGACACUCACAUCUACUAUAAACCAGUUGUAUAAGCCACAGACUCCCGCUCUGCCAAUUAGCAACUCAACCCAAUCUGGAAACACCACCUUGCCAGCUCCAGUGGGCACGAAUGCUACCCUACCAGCUAUCGAUUGGUCUUGCGAAGUUAACAUGCCAGCCAACAUCCACAUCUCAUAUUCUGUCCGCGCCUUCCUUGGUGAACCAAGCUUCAACCCAGUCGACUGGCCAACCGAUGACAACUACAUCGGCCAACUCGCCUCCAUGUCCUCUCCCCGCUCCAACUCCGCUCUCACCGUAACCGGCAACAUCGGGCUUUCAGAAGCCCUAAUGCGUAAGCACAAAUCUGGACAACUCAAAGAUCUCAAAAAAGAAACCGUCGAAGCCUACCUUAAGGAAAACUUCAGCUGGCGCAUCCAAGCCCUCGACCUAACCGAAAUCCCACGCAACAAGCCCCCUCCAGGCCUCAACGUCACUAUCCGCAACGUCGCAGUCAGUAUCCCUAAAUCAGACACCCAAGUCCCCAUCUCGCACGGUAACGUGCAGUACAACACGGAUAUCAGUGGGAACCCCCCUGUGUAUAAUGGACCGGGUCCCGACGGCACGAAUUCAACACUACCCGAUCGCCAGAUGACGGGCCAGUAUGACGCCAUUGCCGGGAAAUUCGUAUGGAAGAAUGCUACGCUAGUAUCUGAGAUUGAGAAUUCAGAGGUGCCAAGGCGGAUGCCCGACAAUGUGUUGUUGAGGCCAAUCAGUGUGCCAUCUACCGUGGUAUCAUCUUCGCCCACAUCUUCUACUCAAACACCAAUCGCUACAUCCUCAGCUGCAAACCAACCAACUACACCUCAACCCUCUCCAGCACCUACGGCUCCUGCGGACCCCCAGACGACUGUCAUCACGUCCAUCGUCAUCGAGUAUGUGACUGUGUGA